AUGAAAUACCUCUUCCCUUAUCUCAUCCUAGCCGCCAUCUCCUGUCUCCUCCACAUCUAUCUCUUCUCUUUUACCCUCCCGCCCCUCCACCAACACCCAACUGAUACCCUCCACCAUUCUCACCCCUGCGCCGAUCAUCGCUCACCCUCCGGAUCUUCACUAGAACUAGAAUUCCACACCAAAGACGCGCAGGAGGAAGCGCCACAGGUAGCAAAAGCUAGUACGGAAAUGACGACGUCGGGGGAGAAACCAAAGGAAGAAAGUGUACCGAUAAAGGCAUACUGGUUUGGAGGCUGUAGAAUGGCGUUGAGGGAAAUGAUUAUGGUUGUUGCGGUGGGGAAUCCGUUGGUUUUGGGGGGUGUGCUGGGGUUGGUGAUUGCGUUUUUUAGGGUGAGGUUUGGGGGGUUGGUUGGUGGUUAA